AUGUCAAAAACCUAUACACUUGGGCGCUGGGUUACCGCUGACUUGAAAACUAUCAGCAAAUAUGUGAAAGGAAUGCGUAUAGCUCGCGAAGUUACCCAUCCUUCACUGUUAGCCUUGCAGGAUCUGAUUGAAACCGACCCAGAGGUAAACAUGCUCUUCGCGACCAUGUUUACUCAAGAAUUUGACCCACCUCAAGAGAAUCCAAUCUCAGACUACAUGGAUAUGCUGCAGAAGAUGCAGACCAUCAUUACCAGCGCUCCCAAGUACGGUAGUACGCUUGGUAGUGCACCCCUCAAUCACAUCCUGAUAUAUGUGAUGGCAACACCUUCAGGAACCAUGGCUUUUAUCAACGAUAAAGUAAACAAAUGCUUCAGAAAUAUUCUCAACGACUGGGCGCAGCUUCUGAAUAGUCCAGAUUCACGAGAGGUCUUGAACAAGCAGGUAAAUGAAACAGGACAGCAUAAUUAUAAGCGAUGCCAGAACUGGGCCGUUACUGGGUUUAAUACAAAAAGUUAA